AUGGCUGAUUUUAAAUCAGUUGCAGCGUUUAUCCUGUGUGUUAGUUCAUCCAUUUGUGUCCUUGCCCAGACUGGCACUGCCAAGGAUCAGAGAACUGACUUCCUUAAUACACAACCAGCUGAUUCAACAUGUCCAUCCUUAAAAUGUCCUUAUGAGUGCAGGAAAGCUAGUGUACAGUCAAAAUGCAGAACAGCUUUUGAUGCCAAUGGAAAUGUUGUACAAGAUUUUAUAACCAACAUUGGAUACAACUUCAGAUAUAAACAUAUUGCUGAGUUUGCCAAAAAUAAACUUACCAGUGUUCUGAAUGCUAGGUUCCUUGAUGAGAGAAAACUAACAUGUCCAGUGCUGAAGACAUUUCUCAUUAAAAUGGUAACAACAAAACUGGGGGAUGUCCUAGAUGAGAUUUUGUCUGGUAACACGUCAACCCCAUCAUCACAUUCUAUUGAUCAGAUUUACAGUUUAGAAAUCUCUACUGUACUCCCCACGCCUGGAAAAAACCAAGGACAGAGCAAUUCAUCAGCUGACAGUACUCAGUCUAAUGGAACUACACCUGAAGGUGUUACCUAUCAAAAUGAUACCCAAGGGGAUGGAUUAAAGAAUGGUACUUCUAGAAGUAAAAGACAGGCAUCUCAGAAUGCAACAGAAACAGAUAAGUCUGCAGGAGUGCAAAAUUCUACCAAGCAAGAAACAGACUUUAAGAAUGAAACAGAAGGGGGCACCGUUCAAAAUGGACCCAUUAGUCAAUUUGAAAUACAGACUGCUUUAGAAAAAGGAGAUGUUUCUAAGAUGUUUGAUCCAAGUUUUACCCAAAUAUUGUUAAGUUUGAUAAAGACAGAAAACUUAAGCAGAUUGAUUCAAUCCUGGGAUGAGAUGGCCAAGACCUGUUUUUGUGGAUUUGGUGUACAAGCUGACUGCAUCACAAGGGAGACAGUCAAGCCUUUACUUUGCCAGACAGCAUGUCAGAAUCGUAGAUUUGUACAGGUUUGCAGAUGGCCACUUGCAGUUCUCCAUAGAUUUGAGGAGUUUUGUAUAGAGGAGAGGGUUAAACAGAUUCAACAGAAGACGAUGACCUCCAGUGACCUCAGCUACUUAAUGAACGUCAGUACGGAGUACGUGAUAAAACAGCUCAGACCACAGUAUACAGCUGAUAUAUUUAGAGAGAGGCAGGAAGAAAUUAUAGCAAGCUGUAGGAAGCUAGGGGUAGUGAAAACAACAGACUUAAGAAAGCAGGCAUUGGCUUUGUUGGAGAAAAACAAGGACAACUCCAUCAUAAAACCAGUGUUGGUUAAGAUCCUGUCAAGCUGUGGGGCUAGGAUGUCGGAGAUGAAGCAGUUUGUGUCAGACAGUGAAAUGGUGACAACCUAUGAUCCAAGUGUUAAACUGAGCUUGCGGGAAGUUGCAGAAAUGAAAAAAGCACUUCUCACAGAAAUACGGAACCUAACAAGUCUAAAUAAGGAGGAAGUCAAACAAUUUCUGCCCCUGAUUGUUAAUGAUAAAAGAAAAAUGAACAAACUGAAUGCAUCCACGUUGAAGAGUGCAUUACCAGAGAUCAACAAAAUGGAGCUGACUCCUUCAGAGAGGAUGCAAACUUGGAGAAAAUUGAAGCAGGAUUCAGAAUUUCAAGACCUUACCAAUAUCAGCACCGGCACUCUGGUAAAUCUUGGAGCAACAAUUGGAGCUUUUCAACCAAAGGAAAUCAAAAACAUUCCAGCCGCUGCAAUAGGAGCUGCCAUCAGUACAGGGAAUUUGACUGGUGCACAGUUUUCAAAAAAGGCUGCAGGUGAUGUUUUUAGAAAGUUUAAACAACACCUUGGAAAAGCUGCAGGUAACUUGACUGCAGAUGAACUGGAGAAAUUUGGUUCUAAUGUGCACUGUCUCCGGGCUACACAGUUUGAGGAAAUCAAUGGCGCUGAGCUGAUGCAACUCUUGCAGAACAAAACUCUGGAAAAUUCACAGUCAGUCCACUGUCAUCUGGACAAGCAGGCCAUUAGAAUAAUUGCUGCUAAAGUGAAGAAAGAGGAAGGAGGGACUGAGCUUUUGAUGACCUCCCCCUUGUUCCGGGGAGAGGUAAGGGAUAUUGGGGACACAAUGUUAGAGGAUAUGAUUAAUAAACUUAUGAAUGGAGAGACUAUCCAGGACUUCCAAUUCACAAGGAAACAGGCAUACAGAGUUUUAAAAAGUCUAAAGAUGGAAUUGGGAAACCUUAGUACCUGGACAGUUGAUGUAGUCAACAACAUAGCUGUGACAAACCUGUUGACCUUUGUGAGGGCAGCAGACAUGAUUGAUCUCAGGAACAAUCCAAACAGUCUUCAGUUCAUCCACCUUUUCAACCAAGAUGGUGUUGUUUCUGAAAAAUCAAAUACAAUGCUGGGGAAAGUAUUGAUUGAGAAAUUUAACCUUGACAACUCUUCUGCUGAUGUUUCCACCAGUGGUCUGACAGAAGAUGUUGUGAGACAAGUGGGAACUGAAGUCAUAGCAAGACUUUCCAAUGAUCAGUUGAGGAGGUUGAACAUGACGGAUACCAUCACAGAGGUUCUGUCCAGUAUCAACCUGAACACUGUACCCUGUAGUGUACUCCAAAACAGGACAGCAUUCGUUAUUGAGGAAAAGGGUUUGACAAGUCUGAGUCUGGAGGUUGUGGAGUCUUUGGGAAAUCUGAAGUGUGGCUUUAUUAAAUCUCAUGUACAACUGAUGACAAAAGAGGCACUGGCAGGGACCGGGGCAGAAUUUGCCAAGUGUCCAUGUGUCUCCCUGGCUGUAAAGAAAGAGAUUGUCAACCAAAUGAAGCAAAAUCAAGUCAUUGGGUCAUCUCCCUCCAUCUACACAGAGGAGGAUAUUGCCACCCUUGGACUUCUGAUUACAGUAGAAGAUCCAAGUGCUAUUGCUACCAUAAAUACAUCAGCCAUGUUAGCAGGUUACAGUGAGUUGUUAAGGGAAAAGAAAGCUCUGAAGGAGAUGAGGAGGCAGAGAACAGAGCGGGGGUUUACUAAUGAUCUCACUGAGACAGAGCAACUAGAGGAAUUAAAGGGAAACAGAGCUCUGGGAAAACUCAUUAUCCAAACCAUUAUAGUCUCCAAAUCUCUGUCUUCUGCCAGGAAAAAGAGACAGACAGCUAGUAGCAUGGAGUGUUCAGACUUGCAGGAUAUGGAUGCUGAGACCCUGUCCACCCUGUCUGUAGAGGUGAUAGCUGGACUCUCCGAUGUCGAGUUUGAGGCUUGUGCUUCAGUACUUGGCUCAGUGCCAGGCUACAGCACAGCACAACUAGAGGCUCUAGCAGCAGUUGCUAAGAGGCCAGGUGUAUGGGGUUCCCCGACCAAUUGGACGUCUACGAACAUUCAGGAUGCAGCAGUCAUUGUGCAGGGGCUGACUAUUGCAGAAAUCAGUCAGAUGUCCAUAGAUCUUAAUGCAGCCAGCAAAUUAGGAGAGUUCAGUGUCUGGAGUGAAGACAAGAAAAGUGCCAUUUUUAACAAUAUCAUCUCUCAGCUUCAAUACCAGGCAGCUAGUCAGUUGACAGCCUCUGAUAUCAGAUCACUGGGACACAUUCUAUGUGGAGCCACAGUGGACCAGUUAUCCACUCUCACUGCUAGUGCUUAUGGUUUAGCUGCUGAUGAUGUUGGAAAGGUAACUACUUGUAGCAGUGACAAAAUCUCUGAACUGACAAAAAUGGCCAAGUCUUACUUUGGAUCUGAUGUCAGCCAAUGGAAUGCUUCAGUAAUCACAUCUGUAGGUGUAGUUAUUGGGGGACUGCUAACUGAAGACAUUUCAUCCUUUGGAGAAACACAGUUGAAUGCCAUUGAAGCAAAAUACAUUCAGUAUUUACCAAAGACAUUUAUAUCGGCACUGAGCAGUGAUCAGCUGAGAUACUUCAGUCUGGAGCAGGCCCAGGCUGUCACUGUUGAGCAGCUAUGUGGUUUAGGUCAGGAGAAAUGGACCAUUCUGGAGCAGGUGGCAGGCAAAACUCUAGACACCAGUUCCUGUGUUAAACAAAGUUCACACAGCAUGUGUUUGGUGCAGCACAGUAUCGCCCCCCUUACUUCAAUCCUGAUCGUUACUGUUAUACUGUACUGAAAAAUCGGACAAGUGUCAGCAAAACAUUUUAAGAGAUUCAAUAUGCUCUUCAUUAUGCUGAGCUUUUUUUGUGAAAUAACACAUUAAAGACAGAAUUACUACCAAAGAA